GGGGCGGGGCCAGACCUGCACCGGGGCAGGCAAGAUGGCGGCCAUGGAGGCCGAGACGGCACCGCUGACCCUAGAAUCGCUGCCCACCGAUCCUCUGCUCCUCAUCUUGUCCUUCUUAGACUACCGGGACCUAAUCAAUUGUUGCUAUGUCAGUCGAAGACUAAGCCAGCUCUCAAGUCAUGAUCCACUGUGGAGAAGACACUGCAAAAAAUACUGGCUGAUAUCUGAGGAAGAGAAAACACAGAAGAAUCAGUGUUGGAAAUCUCUCUUCAUAGACACUUACUCUGACGUGGGAAGAUACAUUGACCACUAUGCUGCUAUUAAAAAGGCCUGGGAUGAUCUCAAGAAAUAUCUGGAGCCAAGGUGUCCUCGGAUGGUUUUAUCUCUGAAAGAGGGUGCCCGAGAGGAAGACCUGGACGCUGUGGAAGCUCAGAUCGGUUGCAAGCUUCCUGAUGAUUAUCGGUGUUCAUAUCGGAUCCACAAUGGGCAGAAGUUAGUGGUUCCUGGGUUGUUGGGAAGUAUGGCACUGUCGAAUCACUAUCGCUCUGAAGAUUUGUUGGACGUCGACACAGCUGCUGGAGGGUUCCAGCAGAGACAGGGCCUUAAAUACUGUCUCCCUUUAACUUUUUGCAUACAUACUGGCCUGAGUCAGUACAUAGCAGUGGAAGCUGCAGAGGGCCGAAACAAAAAUGAAGUUUUUUACCAAUGUCCGGACCAAAUGGCUCGGAAUCCAGCUGCUAUUGACAUGUUUAUUAUAGGUGCUACUUUUACAGACUGGUUUACUUCUUAUGUCAACAAUGUUGUAUCAGGUGGCUUCCCUAUCAUCAGAGACCAAAUUUUCAGAUAUAUUCAUGAUCCAGAAUGUGUAGCGACAACUGGGGAUAUUACGGUUUCAGUUUCCACGUCGUUCCUGCCAGAACUUAGCUCUGUGCAUCCACCUCACUAUUUCUUCACAUACCGAAUCAGGAUUGAAAUGUCAAAGGAUGCACUGCCUGAGAAGGCGUGUCAGCUGGACAGUCGUUAUUGGAGAAUCACAAAUGCUAAAGGGGAUGUGGAAGAAGUUCAAGGCCCUGGAGUAGUUGGUGAAUUUCCGAUCAUCAGCCCGGGUCGGGUAUAUGAAUACACAAGCUGUACCACGUUCUCUACAACAUCGGGAUAUAUGGAGGGCUACUACACUUUCCAUUUUCUUUACUUUAAAGACAAGAUCUUUAAUGUUGCCAUUCCCCGAUUCCAUAUGGCAUGUCCGACAUUCAGGGUUUCCGUAGCUCGACUGGAAAUGGGUCCUGAUGAAUAUGAAGAGAUGGAAGAAGAAGAGGAAGAGGAAGAGGAGGAGGAAGAAGAAGAUGACUCAGCAGAUAUGGAUGAAUCAGAAGAAGAUGAGGAGGAGAGACGGAGGAGAGUCUUCGAUGUUCCCAUUCGCAGACGCCGCUGUUCACGCCUUUUUUAGCAAGGCUUCUGCUGAUGGAAGCACUGGGAUGAUUCCAGUCUGUUAAAUAGAUCUCUCAAUAAUGUAAAUAACUCAGUUGUGUUCAGCUUACAGCAGGAAAGCUAGCAUGAAAUUCUGUCCAGACCCCAGGUUCCAUGCAACACUACAUUAGGAAUUGGAUUGUUUUGGUUUGCCUUGUGUUUUCUGAGGUAGAAGAGGAAAUGGGCUUCUUUUUGUUCUCUUCCAGGAGCCCAUGGAAGAAUAGUUCUCUAGCUAAGAGACAGACGUUUCUUUAUUUUUCAAAUAUUUUAUACUUAUAAAAAUAUAGAAAUGAGAAAGAAUUGUUUUGAAUAUGGAAUUUAAAAAUGUAGCAGAAAUACUUAUACAAGGAUAGAAAGAAAUUGAUGAAUGACUGAUUCCAUGAAAAGACUUCUUACAGUUGUGACUUAUUGAGAAAUGAACAAAAUUUGUAAUUAGGCACAUAUAUUGUAGUGACUCCUAAUGUUUUUUAUUCACAGGGAACUAACUAACUUAAAUGCUAGUGGUUUGUCCUUCAGACAAUCUAUCCUUGAAUUUAAAGUCUUUAUCACUAAGACCUUGAAUUUAAAGUUUUCAUCACUACAGCCUUGAAUUUAAAGCUCUUUAUCAGAUUAUUCACAAAUGCAUUUUUGAAAUGUAGUGUGUACAAGUAUGUGGUAUGUUGUUUAUUAACAAAAGACUUCAUAUUGUCUCAUGUGGUCUAAAUUUGUAAAUACUGUUUCUGUUUUGUUUCUCCUUUAUACACUUGACUGUCUAACUUUGUGAUAAGUGACAUGAAUUUUAUGUAGGAUUAAGUAUGUUUUCCUGAAACAUGGAUUUUUUUGUAUUUAUAUAAUGAGAGUUUGGAAUGAAAUCCUUAAAGUGUCAAAAACUCAUAUUUUAAAGCUUCUGAUCCUGUAUUUUAUAUAAUUGCCUAUUUUCCAUAAACUAACUUAUUAAGUUUAUCAUUAUACUUUUAAGAUGGAAGAUGGAAUUGAUACUUAUCGGCUUGCUGCCUAAGUGUAGCAGAGUUGUUCCCUGGCCUUGACUAUACCUCUUGUUCUCUUGUGUGCUCUACCUUCCACUUUCUCCAAGACAGCUCUUUUGUAGAGAAAACUGUAGGAAGCAGCAGCCGUAUUCAGGGUUAAGCAGCUGCCAUUGGGAACCAUUCAUAUUGACACACGUCAACUCACCUAUUCAUAUUGACACGUCAAAAUGUUCUGAAAUAGAGUACGCCUUUUUUCCUACUUACUUUUCAUGUAAUAGAGCACAGCCGUGCACUGCAUAACGAUGUCUCCGUGAACCCUGACCACACAUGCAAUGGCUGGUAGCAGCCUCAUACAACUUGUGUUUACUUUGCCUCUGGGUUGCGUCAUUUGCUCUUGUGCUUGAUUUAAUUUGGUGUUGAUUAAUUCAUCAUGGCCCCUAAUUGUACAAAAUCCAAUGCUACUAUUUCCUUCAAAAAAGCCAUGGCGAGCAAUUGACCUAAAAAUGGAAUUAAAAGUGAGUACAGUGGAAAACCAAUGAGGGUUGUUGCUCGUCAGUCAGGCGUGUAUUACCACACCAGAGCCACAAUUUGAAGAACAAGAACAAAGUGAUGGAAGCUGUUAAAGAAUCUGCUUCAUUGAAGGCAACGAGAUGAGUAAAAAUUCAAGAAGGGCCUAUCAGAUAUGGAGAAACUUCUGACCUGGAUUGAAAACCAGAGAGACAGGAUCAUCUUUCUCAGCACCCUGAUGGCCGUGACCGAAGCAAAGCCAAGGCUAGACCUGACAGCCAUGUUGAAUUUACCGCUAGCUCUGGGUGGUUUAAGUGAUUCCUGAAUUAGGACUCAUUGCGUAACAUGAAAGUGGUGAAUCUGCAGGUGCUCAUGUGAAGGCAGACAAAGAAUUUUUGGAAACUCUAGAUAAGCUAAUA